AUGGCCUCCCUGCAUGCGUCCUGCCUGGUGGCCCAAUUCAGCAUCCACACUUAUGCCAGCCAGUGCCCUGUCCCUCCCCCACCCUUCCAAUGCUCCAGGCUGCCCAGAGCGAGAGCUGCCUUGAGUCUAGGGCAGGGAGCCCAGAGCGAGGCUGGAGCUGCGAUUGGUGAAGCAGCCGCAGUCACCUGCGACCGGGGCCGGGAGAGGCUGGACGUUCUGCGCGUGGGUGACGUCCAUGCUGUGGUCUGUGUUCAGACCUGCAGAACCAGUGUCCUGGCCGCGUGGACACGACCCCCAGCUGGAGAACCAGUGUCCGGCCGUGUGGACGCCACCCCCAGCUGGAGAACCAGUGUCCUGGCCGCGUGGACACGACCCCCAGCUGGAGAACCAGUGUCCUGGCCUCGUGGACGCCACCCCCAGCUGGAGAACCAGUGUCCGGCCGCGUGGACACGACCCCCAGCUGGAGAACCAGUGUCCUGGCCUCGUGGACGCCACCCCCAGCUGCAGAACCAGUGUCCGGCCACGUGGACGCCACCCCCAGCUGGAGAACCAGUGUCCUGGCCGCGUGGACACCACCCCCAGCUGGAGAACCAGUGUCCGGCCUCGUGGACACCACCCCCAGCUGGAGAACCAGUGUCCUGGCCGCGUGGACACGACCCCCAGCUGGAGAACCAGUGUCCGGCCGCGUGGACACGACCCCCAGCUGGAGAACCAGUGUCCGGCCGCGUGGACACCACCCCCAGCUGGAGAACCAGUGUCCGGCCUUGUGGACGCCACCCCCAGCUGGAGAACCAGUGUCCGGCCGCGUGGACACCACCCCCAGCUGGAGAACCAGUGUCCGGCCUUGUGGACGCCACCCCCAGCUGCAGAACCAGUGUCCGGCCGCGUGGACACCACCCCCAGCUGGAGAACCAGUGUCCGGCCUUGUGGACGCCACCCCCAGCUGCAGAACCAGUGUCCGGCCGCGUGGACGCCACCCCCAGCUGGAGAACUAGUGUCCGGCCUUGUGGACACCACCCCCAGCUGCAGAACCAGUGUCCGGCCGCGUGGACGCCACCCCCAGCUGGAGAACCAGUGUCCGGCCGCGUGGACGCCACCCCCAGCUGGAGAACCAGUGUCUGGCCCCGUGGACGCCGUCUUCGCCUGGAGAACCAGUGUCCAGCCGCGUGGACACCACCCCCUGCUGGAGAACCAGUGUCCCGGAGGCCUGGCUGCCUCCACGCCAGUCCCGAGGCUGAGCGGCCCUUGGAUCAAGAUGGAGGUGAGUGGCAGGUGCACAGCGUUUCCAGCACGGGCCUGACCUCCACCACAGGGUUGCAUCAUCGUCCGCUCCAGUGGCCGCAUCUCCCGACCAUUAAGGUGCUGGGAAGGCUGGCGGCUGUGGGCGGAGAAGGGGUGUGCGGGAGGCUGGCCCCUCACCUCUCCCGUGGGGUUGCAGCAGUUCUGAACCCCACAUCCCUCUGCGCUCACUUCCCCUGGGCUCUGCUAUUCUCUGCCUCUCUGAGCCUCAGUUUCCCCAUCUGUAAAACAGUUAAUAACCCCAUGCCUUCUCUGGGUGGGUGAGGCUGGCCACAGACCCAGCCAGGAGGCCCUGCCCAUCCCCCUCCUGUCAGCACCCCCCCGUUCCCCCUACAACCCCUGCCUCACCGUGGUGCCAGCCCCUGCACACAGGGUUUCCCCACCAGGGCCCCCUACAGAGUGGAGGGUGCUGCCCCAUGCCCACCUAGCAGAUGAGAUGGCAAGAGUUAGGAACACAGAGGAAGCCAUGGUGGUCCAGCACCCGGCAGGUGGCAGGAGGCAAUUCUAGGUGUCCCAUGUGCUCUCACCUCCUCCCAGGACAGACCGGGGCCCAAUCUCCUAUCCCUGUGCUCUAGAUGAGGACACGAGACCCAGAGACAGGAGUCCGGGCUCACACUGUGGUGCCCCCAGGGACAGGGGCCUCCCUGCUCCACUCUGCCCUUGGGCCAGCCAUAGGAGUAGGGCAGUAAUCACUGCUGCCUCUUGCACCCACACGGUGAUGAUUGGGUGACCCGGGCAAGUCUCCAGCCUCCUAGAGUCCCAGGAAGACAUGCUCAAUGGAGUCUCGGGGGCAUCAGGGGUAGAUACCAGCAGGGAGGGGCCAGGGCAUGGGAACAUCUUGGGCAGGUGGGCAGGAGUCCCUGGCAGCUGAUGGGAGCUGGGCCCCCAAGGGCAGGGGAACCAUUGGCUCUCCCAUGGACCAACCCAUGCCCCAGUGAGGGACAGGUAACCCACGGGUGAGACUUCCCCAUCAGCAGUAGGCAGGGCUGCUGGCUGGCAUAGUGGGAGCCUGGUGGCAGGCAGGGGAGCGGGCUGGGUGUUGUGGUGGGGCCUGGUGGGCUCCGCUGCUCUGUUCUGACCCUGACAGCCAGGGAAGCCUUGCCUGGGAGGCAGGCGAUGGGUGGCACCGUCUCACUGGGGCUGGGGAUGGUGAAGACCUUCUGGAGAGGUCGAGGCCCAGGCCGUAGCUGACCUUGCCCAGCACAGGGCCUGGCCCUGGACAGGGUUUACUGCCCAGAGACACCAAACUGCUGGAGCAGGACAGAGCAGGUGGCAGGAGUCCUCCCCUACCUGGCUCACACUCUCAGCUUGAUCUCCCUAGCUUUGGGGGCUCACUCUCAGGGGCAACCUCUCCCCGCAGCCUCCCCCUCCUGCCACCCCUGAGCACAGAGCCUCCUGCUGGCCCCGUCCUUGGCUCGCUACCGCCCUGGGCCUUCCAUCCUGCCAUCCCCACACCUGCCAGCUUCCGCUCACAGCAACACCAGGCCUGGUGCUGGGCAGGGCUGCCUCACAGAUGGUGACAUCUGACCUCCUCAACUUAAUGAUGAGGAAAUCGAGGUGCAGGGAGGCAGGGAAACCUUCCCAAGGGGUCCCACAGCCUAGAAGAUGCCUGGGGCAGCCUUGACUGCAGACUGGCCAUGACAGAAUGAAUAUCGCCUCAGGCAAUCAGCAUUGGGGUUCGGCCCUCAAAACUGUAUCUCCUUCAACAAAUGGCGUGGACCAGAACAGUCCAGUCAAGGGAGGAAUGGCCAGGGCCUGGGAGCACAGGAUACGAGGGAGGACCCAGAGCAGAGCCGAGGUACCACGCACUCAGGAGCCCAGAAGAAGCCUGGCAGCGGUGAGUGGGGCUGGCCUCGGAUGAUCUGGACCCCCGGCCCUGCUCUCAGCUCUCAGUGCCCCCUUCCAGAUGAGGCAAGAUGCCCCCCGCAGACAGAUAUCUUUCCCAAGUGCCUGCCCCCUGGAGCUGGCAAGCCCAUGCCCUGCUGUCCCCAGAGCAGGAUCUCCCACCAGGCUCAGUAUUCUCUGCUGGGGGCACUGGGAGGGCCGGGAAGGUGGCAGCAGGCCCUGGCCCAGCAGGGGACAGCAGAAUGUUCCAGUCUUGCGGCUCACAGCAGGCAGGACAGAGGCUCAGUGGCACCAGCCCAUACACUCCUGGCCUCAGUCCUCACCACUGCCCCAAAGCCAUGCUCCCAGCCCUUGGCGCUGCUGUCACCAACCACACCCUGAGACCCGCUUUGAGCCGCUCCCUGGAAGGCUGGGUUGGAGGGCUGAUGGGAGAAGCUCUUCCACAAGGCAGGUGCCCAAGUCACAGGUAGGCUCAGCCCAGCCCCACAGACAAGAGGCGUGUCUGCAGCCUGAGAGUUCAGAACCUGGUCAUGUGCCCUGGGCCACCUCCCCAGAAGAAAGGUCAGGAGUGCUCUGCAGAGACCUGUCCAGGGAGGCUGGAGCCUGGCACAGGCUGUUCCUUCCUGCCCAGGAGCCCCUCCCCCAUGGCUUCCCCAACCCCACCUUGGCACCAUGGUAAUGACACGCCUGUGAGUCUCAAAAGAGCCCUGUAUGGACAGUGAGACCUAUAAGUACGCAGACAACAACUGCCACAGUGGCUUCUCUGGUGCCACGGAGAGCCGCGCUGUGGGUGUGGCUGGAACCUCUUUCCUUUGUGCACCUGUGCCCAGCCCAUGCACAGCACAGAGCUGACACCAAGUGAGCACCUGUCACUAAGUGAGGCAGGGAAACAAGGUGACACUUGAUCUGGGCUUUGAAGGAUGAAUAGGAGUUCAUGGAGGGGAAGAAGACAGCCCUUCCCGAGUGGAGGAUGCAGCAGGUGCCGAGGUCUGCAGGUGAUGGGAGCUCUAUGUGCCCUCCUUCUGCCCACCCUCUGCAUGGGCUGGCACGAGCCCGGGGAUGGGCUGAAGAGGUCGCAGCACCUCCACCUGAAGGAAGAAGCAGUUCCUGGCCUAUGAGGAGUCAGUGUCUCCUCCUCCCCGCCCCUGCUCUGGCCUCACAGUCUGUCCCCUGGUCUGGCUCCCCAGCAUAGCCCUGGGCACUGCCCUGAAUGACUCCCCUUCCUCUUCCAAUUCCUACCCCUCCUCCAGGAAGCCUCUGUGGACCACAAUGACACUUCCUGCCCAUUCCUGCCACUCCUGCCUCUGACCCGACCCUGGUCAGCCCAUGUGACCCCCACUCCUGGCUGGACAGCACCCACUGGACAGAUGAGGAUGCUGAGGCUGAGGAGGGUGCCAGGUGGCCCAAAGUGACACCCUCAGCUGGGGCAGAUUAAGUUGGGAAACGCGGGGUGGACUCCUAGGACGAGACUAAAGCCCCUUCUGCCUGGAUGCCUGCACAGGGGCAGCUGCCCACCUGGCCCCAUUCCCAUGACCCCAGGACCUAGGCAGCCCCUAUCCCUGAGGGAGCCUCCUGAAGUCCCUUCCUGUGGUGAGUGACACCUCAGCCCUACCUAGCCAGGGCCCUGCUCUUCUGUCUCCUAAAGGCCCCUCGCCCACCUGACCCUCACCCAGCAACCCUGCCCCGAUCUCCCGGGCUCCAGCUUCUCCCAUGGGCUAGGGCUGGCAGGCAGAAAACUGAGCCCUCCUUCUGUGCCCAUAUGAACCUCAGCCUUGCCAGCUCUGCUCACAGCUUUCCUGAGGGUCCCCGAUCUGUGUCACUAGCUGCCUGUCCCCUUCAGACCCCGGCCACACACAACCACUGGCAUUGGCAGGUACCCCAGAUCAUUUCAUGCCUCCCCUGCCCUGGCCCUGCCAGCCCCCUGCCUGGCACACUCCCCCAACACCACCCCAUCCACACUGCCCAGCUCAUUCUUCCACUUCUCCCAUUCAGAUAAAGCUGAGAUCCUCUGCAGCACUGCCCCAGCCUCCCACGAGGCCAGGCUUACAGUCACCUUGCCACACCCCAGCCCCUGGUGCCUGACCCCAGCCCCAUCCUCCUCCUGAGCACAUGCAGCUGGACCACAGCUGUCCAGAGACAGCUCUCUGAGAACAGGCUGGGGCAAAGCUGCCCACUAGCUGGGACCCCAGGGGUGGAUGGGGCCAGACCGACAGCAGAGCUUGGGAGGUGGGGCACUCAGCUGCAGAGGGCCUGCCCAUGGCCCCCUGUGACCACAUGUGACGGCCUUCAGCUGCCCAGGUCCAUCUCGCCCCUCUGACCAGGUGGGGCGCUGCCCGCGAGCUGGAAGGCUGCAAGCUGUGGGCAACUCCUCCCAGUCCCUACUGGCAUCCCUAUGGCAGCAGCAGGGCAGGUGGGCUGGGGAGAGAUGGGGGAUCCCGGCCUGGCCUCACCCCAUGUGCAGGGAGGCUUGGCCCUAAUGGCUCUACCCCGAGAUUCACGAUCUUGCUCCUCCUAUCUGUCCACUGCUCGCUCCUGCGCUGCCUGCUACCCUAGGGUUGAGACCGAGCCUCAGAUCACCCGGCCAGCUCCCAAGAGCCCCGAGCGGCAAGGCCCAACUGCCAUACAAGUGGGCGGGGGCUCAAAGUCCCCAGUAAGCGCCUGCAGCCAGAGCAGCCUCUGUCACCUGGUGUGAACAGGCCCCUCAGGCUGAGAGACCAGCAGGCCCACCCCAGCUAGGCUGUGUGUCUUCAGGCAAGGUCCCCACCAGCUCUGGGCCUUGGACGGUGAGGAGCCACACAGUGGAGAGAGAGGCUGGGGCUUGAUCAAGCUUCAACACCUGAACUGAUGGGGACAGGCCCCAGGUGCCCCCUCCUCUGGUUUCCUGGCCCCAGGCCCCCUAAACCAUUCCCUCCCCUUCUCCUGGCAUCCCAGUCCUGUGUCUCCAUAGCCAAGGCCUCUCCUGGAAUCAGUUGAACCAGAUGGAGCCUUGUGGACAGGGCCAAGGACAGGGCUUGGCAUGGUGCUGGGCCCACGUGGCCUUUGGUGAAUAAAAUGGUCAGUGGAAAGGAAAGGAGAUGGGGAAACUGAGGCACAGGGAGUGAAGUGCCCAGUACAGGCCAGCACGGCCUCAGGCCCCACGUGGCUGCCUUCAUCCCUGACGCUCACUCAUCUGCCCAAGGCCUAUGCUAGCCCCCAGUGUCCUGACCCAGAGCCUGUGCCACUGGAGGGUCUCUCAGCCCAGGCAGGGGCUGGCGACCAGCUGCUCGAGGUGACCUACAGUUGCGGAGGGGUGGCCUCAGUGCCCCCUUUGUUGCAGGAGGAGGAGGAAGAAGAGGAAGUGGCCCCUCUGCUUUAUGGGGCUGUGAUUCCGGUGCUAAAUGUGGAAAUACGGCUUGGCGGAGUGCCGCGUUCUGCCAAGGCCAGCUCCCAGGAACAGCUGGGCUGCCAGGCCAUGACCCAAGGCCUGGGAACACAGCAAGGCCUAGCCCUGCUGCGAGGCCUUGGGGGUCUGACUGCUCAGGAGGCCGAUGACCUUCCCAAGGGCAGGUGGUCAGAGAAGGGCUGAGAGCAUGCCUGCUGUGUCCUGACGCGGGGCCCUCCCUCCCGGCAGCUUCGGUCCCUGGGCUGCUCCUGCAGGCCUGGCUCUGACGCAUCAUCUGAGGAAUCCCAAGCUCCGGCUCCUGCUUUGUCCCCAUUUCACAGCCGGGAACCAGAGGGUGGGUGAUGUCAACCCAGGGUCACGCGGCGGCGAGUGACAGAGUUGGUGUUGCCAGCAACCCCUGGACGGACCCACCGCCACACCGCCCCAGCACACCCCACUGCCCCCCGUUUCACAGAUGGGGAAGCCAAGGCUGGAGGGAGGCGCAGGGGGAGUGCUCAGGGUCACACCCUGCCUGCACACACUGCCCCAACCUCCGAAGUGAAGUUUGCCUACCUGGCAUAAACCAGGAACCAGCCUCAUCAGGAGGCUGGCACCAAACCCAUUAUGUGUGGGUGAAGGCAGCCACAGGGAGCAUGUACCGGCCAUGGGAGGUGUGCCCCCACCAGCCUGCGGACCAGGGAGGGCUUCCUGGAGGUGACGUGACCAGUGUCCUGAGUCCUGAAGGGCAAAGAGCAAAGUUCAAGCAGGGCUGGGAGUGGGGAGAAGCAUGCACAGCAGCCACAGGUGAGGAAGCCCCUGCCAGGCACGGGGCCUGGGGGCUGGGGGAGGGCAGACAGGCCACCAAGGCCCUUGGGCACCCAUGGGUCCCUGAGGGCCAUGAGGAGUCACUGAGGGUUUUAGCAGGUGAGUGAUGAGAUCGGAGGAAUGUUUUAGUUUUCGUUGUUGUUGUUUUUGCUGUUUGGAGACAGAGUCUCGCUCUGUGGGCCAGGCUGGAGUGCGGUGGCGCGACCUCGGCUCACUACAACCUCCGCCUCCUGGGUUCAAAUGAUUCUCCUGCCUCAGCCUCCUAAGUAGCUGGAACUACAGGCACCCACCAUCAUGCCCAGCUAAUUUUUGUAUUUUUAGUAGAGACGGGGUUUCACCAUAUUGGCCAGGCUGGUCUUGAACUCCUGGCUUCAAGUGAUCGGUCCACCUGGGCCUUCCAAAGAGCUGGGGUGACAGGCAUGAGCCCCACACCUGGCCCAGAGAAGUAUUUUGAAAGUUCCUUUUGGCUGUGUAUGGAUUCUGGAUUGGGGGCACAAGGGUUGGGGCAGAGAGGGCAGGUUGGUAGGUGGGGGCUUCCCCAGGCAGGCGCCCUGCAGUGUGGAGGGGAGGCUGGUAGGGACAGGACAUGAGGCAGGGGCUGCACCCCACGACCCACAACUCUCUCUCCAGUGAUGGAUGAGGGGCAUGGGAUUCAGUAGCUCCUGUUUCUGGCAACGCCUGUGUCUGGGUCUGGUGCUGCCGGGCCUCUGGCCCCCAUUCCCACACCCACUCCCUCUGCUCUCCCAGGUUGAAUCUGCUGUCAGCCCCUGCACAGGGAUUUGCACCCAGGGUGAGCCUGGCUCUGACAGUGUCCCCCUCCCAGCCCACACCCAGCAAACAGCCAUAAGCGCAGUGAGAGCACUGGCUCCUGGUAGCGCUGGGCAGGUGCCAGGGUUGACACUACCAUGAGGGCACAGGGCAGGGGUCACUCCUGCUACAGCCCAGGGACACUCCUCCCAAGUUGGGCCCUGGGUAGUAAUGGCAGGAAGGGUGUUUUGGGCACAGGAACAGCAUGUGCGAAGGCUGAGGUAGAGGGAAGUGCGUGGGUCCCUCGGGGGGCAUUGGUGGGUUUGGGGUUCAGAGAGGGAGACCUGUGUUCACUGUGGGCCGUGGAAGGAGGGAAAGUGCUCCAGGUGGGCAGAGGGGAGGGAGGCAGCCGAGGCUGGGGACAGACUUGGGCCCUGUGCACAUGAGAGGAGGGGACAGAAUGAAGACACUGUGCCUGUGAGCGAGAUCAUCCCCCUGCACUCCAGCCUGGCGACAGAGUGAGACUCCGUCUCAAAACAAACAAGCAACCGUGAACUAACUGCAAGCAAAUGAUGGGGAAAUGGAAGGGCAUUCGAAUUCCUGUCGAGCCUUUAAGAGAAGCCCCCUAGAACCCCGGGGAAGGGCAGCAAGCUCUGAGUGAUGGGGGCUGGCUGGCAGCGAAGGGCCCCAUGGAGCACUGGCCUGGGGCUCUCAUGAUGAGAUCCAGGCUACCGUGCUUGGCAGGAAGACCACGAAAGGACAUCAGGCUCUCGGGUAUCAUAGGAGGAGGUAUCUGUUGAUGUCUGUUUCGUUCCUGGCGAUCAGUUGAUAAAUAAGGAGUUGGCCAGAUUUCCCUGCUGAAAAGUUACUGUGUUUCCUUUUGCCAUUAUUACUGCUUCUAAUCACCUCAGAUGACAUCCAGACUCCCAAGAAGCUUCUAGCCUAGCAAGGGAGAUGACUUACUCAACAAAUAAAAUAAAGUGAAGUCAGCAGGAGGCACCGGGGCUGAAGGAGUACGGAAGAGGAACACGACCCAAGGAAGAGUGAUCAGGGAGGCCUUCCUGGAGGAGGUGGUGCCUGAAGUAAAUCCUCAAAGGAAAAAGUGAAGGGAGGGGAUGCCCUACAGAAGGAAAAGCACGUGCAAAGCAAUGGGAUGGAAGUAGAUGACUGGAGAGAGAGGAGAAGAUGUGACCACGGCGGACUCCAGGUGUUGGGCCCAGGGGCUCUGCCCAGGCCCAUGGAGCUGUCAGCAGUGCAGGUGUUGACCAGUGGGUGGGCUGGGCAGGUGGACAAAUGAGAAAUGAAAGGGCAGGGUGGGCAGAGCAGGGCCAAAGCCAGGGCAACAGCUUGUUGACAUGGGCCCCAUUGACCUUUGUAACCUCUGACCCUCACAGUGACCCUCCAAAGGUAACCUUCUUCCCACGGAAAACAGAGGCACAAAGAGGUGAGACUAUGUGUGCAGGGCCCCCAGCAGAGCCAGGACUCCAGCUCAGGCUCUCAGAGCAAGGGGUGAUGGGGAGGCUGGGCACGGUGGCUCACACCAGUAAUGCUGGCUGAUCACUUGAGGUCAGGAGUUCAAGACCAGCCUGGCCAACAUGGUGAAACCCCGUCUCUACUAAAAUUACAAAAAAAUUAGCCGGGUGUGGUGUUGGGUGCCUGUAAUCCCAGCUACUUGGGAGGCUGAGGCAGAAGAAUCACUUGAAUCCGGCAGGCAAAGGUUCUGGGAGACAGAGCAAGACUGCCUCAAAAAACAAACAAACAAACAAAAAAAAAAUGUGGGGAAGGGAAGAGAGUGUUUUUCUCAGCUGCCCACAUCUUUCUUAUGGGCCUGAGCCUGGCUCUGAAUACCCAGAGAAGAUUCCGUGGGAUCCUGUCCCCAAGAAACCCCCCAAAAAGUUCCAACUGGGCCUCAGUUCCCAACAGGAGGUCCCUCCGUAGAUGAAUUCUUGGGCUCCCUCCCGAAGUGGGCAGAAAGGACUGGGUGAGGGGCCCGGGCCUGGUUUUCACUUCCCUAAGCCCAAGGGUCCUCUUCCUGGCGUAAGGCCUUGAGGACAGAUGGGGAGCCAGUGUUCAUCCUGCUGUUUUGUUAUUUUGCCAAAGCAUGACCCGUAUGUCAGUUUGCCCCAUCGGGUAACUCUCUUCGCCUUAGCAGGGCCCAUCAUUCCUGCUGCCUUCCAGCAAGAUGCCAGAGCAUAUUUUUAGACCAACGAAGUUGGUGGGACAGUGGGUGGGACCUAGAGAGUGACUGACAGUGGGACAGCCCUGAGGGCGGGAAGGCCAAGCAAAUUUCCCUCCCCGGAUGGGGCUGGGAGGGGACGUGGAAUGGUCUGUCAGCUAUGAGUUUGUGGAAGUCAGAGUCAGUGACUUUCAGCUGACCUACCUCAGCCUGGAAGAUUCCAGUAGAGAGGGGGAGGGCCACGGGCUCGAAGAUCCAGGCCUGGGUGCUGGGUCUGAGAGCAUUUCCAAAGCCCUGAGCCUGAGGCUCAAGGUAAUUCACCAUGAGGGCUCAGCUGGGGAGGACAGUGUGUGCUUCCCCCACCUCCCAGCCCCCCGACUCAACCCCAAUACCCCCACCCACCUUGACUCAGGAAAAAGGCCUCCCUCAUGAGCACUGGUGGCUCCCUUUGGGGGCAUGUCAUCAGCACACCCUGGGGCACAACACAGAAUCCAAGGCUGGCAGGGGACAUUUGAGAUCAGCCAGUCCAGCCUCUCAUUUUACAGCUGGGAAUGGGCACAGGACGGCCAUGGCUGCCCAAGGUCACAGAGCCCAGGAGGGAGCAGCAGGCACAAUGGAAAAAGCAAGGUCAUGUGAGCCAGGUCCGGGCACCAGGUCCAGGCCUGCUGCUCCCAGGCAUGUGGCUCAGGGCAAUGGCUCAGCCUCUCUGCCUCAGGUCCACAGCUGGGAGCAGGCAGAGGAACAGCUGUUUGCGGGGCUGCCCGGGGAGGAGCGAGGCUGGAUGCCCUGUGCACACAGCAGGCGCUUCCUCAGCCACUCUGCAGGCAGCCAAGCCGGAGGGCCCUCUGGGCUCCUGCGCCUCUGCCCAGGAAGAGGAGCAGGGACCCACUUCCCUUUGGGCCAACAGUGCCUUUAAGCAACGGGCUUGAAAAUCCCUGUUUAGUGACCACUUCCUAUUGCUUGGCAAGACGAGGACAAAGACGGGUCCAGUUCUCCAGCUGUUGAACAUCUGUCUCAUCUAGAAGAUGAGACAGCAUGUGGAAAAUAAAUGUCUGCGCCUGUAUUAACUGUCCCAGCUUCCGACGGCAGUAAUGGCAGAGCCCUUGGAUCACGAGGUCAAGAGAACAAAACCAUCCUGGACAACAUGGUGAAACCCCGUCUCUACUAAAAAUACAAAAAAUUAGCUGGGCGUGGUGGCGUGUGCCUGUAAUCCCAGCUACUCGGGAGGCUGAGGCAGGAGAAUUGCCUGAACCCAGGAGGCGGAGGUUGUGGUGAGCCGAGAUCGCGCCAUUGCACUCCAGCCUGGGUGACAAGAGCGAAACUCCGUCUCAAAAAUAAAAAUAAAAAUAAAAAUAAAAAAAUAAUUUAACAAAAUCACAUUAAAAGCAUCAAAUGGCUGCCAAGCUAGUGGGAAACCUCCUGGCCAAGCUCCAGGGAAAGAAAGAACCUAGGGAGGAACGCUGGGGCCGCUGUUGCCUGCGAGCAUUUGCCGACCUGGCAAGCUGGGCUUCCACCUUGGAGGGAGGUGGGAGUAGACAGAUGUCAAGGUAUGAGAAGCCUGAUUAGGGAUUCACCCCCGUAUCAAGCUGGGAGCCUGAAAGGCCCCGCCUUGGAUGAAGACUGAAGCAGAGAUAACCCUGACCCCUGCCCCGAAACUUCCCUUUCCGAUUUAGAAGGCAUUCGUUAGCAUUCAAAGCAGUGGGAGGAAAAAAGGGAAGGACGCACAGACUCAAGCACAAAGAGCACGGAGCUCAUGGGGACUUGGAACACUGAUUCAUUGGAACCCCUGGGCAUCUGGUUUCAGGGGGUCUGGGCUGUCCAUGUAAAGGCAAACACAAAUCCUUGUGAGAAGGAACCUCUGUCCUGGACCUCACAGAAACCCCACAGACACCCUUCCGAGGGCCCCAGAAGCACACAAAGGUAUCUAAGUCUGAAAGGGAAGAAGGAAGACCCAGCAGUCAAAGUAGCAGACACCCACACAGUCUGCCCAUAUUGUUACAGAAUUAUCGAACGAGACCCUAGGGGGCAUUUCACACCGUAAUGGAAGAGACAGUCCAUGUCUGGUGGCCAAGCGUAGCCCAGAGCUCAUCACUCCUCCGGGAAAUCCACGGAGGGGUAGGAAGUUCUGGAGUUCAAGCCACUGGGGAGGCAACAGGAGUGUAAGGGGCCACAGUUCAGGCGCUGAUGGGCAGAGGCAGGGAGGGGUGCUCCAAGGAGUCCAUUGGGAGACACAGGCAGGGGCUUCCCCUCACACGGAUGCCCCGUAAAGGUGUGUUCAGCCUCGACGUAGGAAUAACGGGGAAUCUGAUUUGCUAUUCAUUAAACAUCUGCAGGAGCAGAUGAACUCACAAUGCACCUUCACAGCUGAGGCAGAGUCUGCCUUCUAAAAGGCGUGGGCAUUUUCCUAGGGUCCUUUUUCUAUCUUCGGUUUUGUUUGCCGUUUCCUGAAUCUAACACUGUCCGAGGGGGCUGCUGAAGAGUUCAGAAUUUAAUAAUUACCCAAGUUCACAGUUAAACAGUGCCCGGUAGCAGCACGCUCACCGGAUUUGAUCGCUUUUGCUUUGCCUUGCCUGCAUGUGCUUGUCACAGAAAUGCUUUAAAAAGUGGACUUGGGGCCACACACAGUGGCUCACGCCUAUAAUCCCCGUGCUUUGGAUGUCAAGGUGAGAGGAUCACUGGAGGCUAGAAGUUCAAGACCACCCUGGGCAACAUACCAGGGUCCCUUCUGCAGUCUCUCUACAAAUAAAAAUAAUACUAAUUUUAAUUAGGCAGGCAUGGUGGUGCACACCUGUAGUCCCAGCUACUCAGGAGGCAGAGGCAGGAGGGUUACAUGAGCCCAGCAGUUUGAAGCUGCAGUGAGCUAUGACUGUUCCAUUGUACUCCAGCCUGGGUGACAGAGCAAGAUCCAAUCUCCCCCCACCAAAAAAAAAAAAAAAAGGAAAGGAAGAAGACAGGCUUGUGCCACACAAGUGGUGCUUUUGAAUUUCCACUCAAACUAUUGUCUCUGAAUUAGGGCAACACCACUCCCCACAUUGGUAUCUUUGCAGCAGUGCCAUUGUUCCUUACAGAACAGUGUCUCAGGAUGCCGCUCCUGCUCCUCCUGCUGGCUCUGAGCACGUGAGGACACGGGCUGGGAAGGUCCCCUGUGUCUGAGGCCACCGGUGCUCAAGCGUCUUUUUUGGCCGCCCACUGUCUGUAGGACAAUCCCAGCUCCUCAGCCUGUGUCUCUGGCCUUCCAGGUGCCGGCUGCAUCCGUUUCUCAGCCACAGCCCUGGCCUGCCUGGGCUCAGGGCUGACUCUCCAAGGGCAGGCAGCAUGAAGCUAGAGCCUUUUGGCAGCAGGAAGGAUUCUGCCAACUAGGAGCUGAGGCCACACAUCCGGGGAAGGCGGGCUUCCUCUGCCAGAGCCUCUCCCAGUGUGGUGAGGGAGGCAGGCACGCAAAGAAGGAGUUAGAAGAAUAAGGGUUAGUGGGAAACUGAGGUCUGCCCCAGGCAUGAGGGCACAGUGAGGGCAGACUCCUAGCCCAGCAGGGAGGGAGGCACCGAGAGCACACAGCUCUGAGUGAGCAGCAGCUAGUCCAGGCUGGGCAGACAGCCAGUCCCGCCUGCAGCGCCCUCCAAGGUCCCAGGAAGCUGGGGAAUGGGCAGAGCUGAGAAAACGUCUUGCCAACUCCACAGGCACCCAGAGCUCACCAUGUUCUCUGAGAAAAAGUCAGCACUGGGGACACUGGGCAAAGAAGCAGGGGGCCUGCCUGGAAAAGCCAGCUCAGUCCUUGGCACCCACUGAGCACCCACCAGCUACUUAUUUGGUUUUGUUUUAAAAACUCAACUCAGCAUGAACACUCGCCAAGAUGCUUUGACCUAAUUUAAUGCCUCCACCUGGAGAGGGGGAGCAAUGAAUUGACAGUCCCCAGCCUGCUUCCUCGCCAGCCAUCCAAGAACCCUGCCUGCCCCAUGCCACCGUCACAGAGAAACACUGAUUGCCUUCACACAUCUGGCUGCAGCCAGCUCUCUCCUCUGCACACCUUGAGGCUCCCAGGCAGAAGGGAGGUUCCUCCCCAGGUCAGGGGCCCCCUGGGAGGUGUCCAAUGGCGUUCGAGCCAAGGCCCGUGUGGGCGCCGCUCCUGCAGAUUCUCAAGGUUGUAGCCCACACCCUGCUCCUUGGCUUUGUCAAAGAUCAAAAUCAGGCCCUCACAUAGAACUUUAUAUUGUAACGUUGCAAGUCUCAACACAAACCGAUGUGUUGACUUGAAAAUAAAUAUCACUAAUAAAAUGGAGAAAAGGCCUGGCAUGGAAAGAUUGGGAAAUGUCCAGAGUCCUUUGUGCCGCUUCU